AUCUUCUCUCUCUCUCUUCGCUUCUCUCUUAACCUCUCUCUCUCUUCGGUCUCAAUUUGUGAAGCCUGUUUAUAUUUUUUCUUUUUUCUCAUCGUGAAGUCAUGAAAUUUGAUCAUCUUCAAGCCCAAGCUCCCUGAAGCCGUGUUACUAUUCGCCUGGUUCUACCCGAGCUCAAGAGCGUCAUCUCCUCAGGAAACCAUAAUACAUCAUCGACACUCCAAUUCAGCCAUUUUCAAAGAGGUUAAUUUCGAUUUAAUAUGAGCACAGAGUCACUCUCAGCUAAACCUUCUCAACAAGUUGUCACUCUGGGGAAAGCCCUCAAACUGGCAGAAGGAUGGGUCAAGAAUAUGAGUGGAUCGGAUGCCGAUGACUCACUGUUUCCUGAUGUUGAAAGUCGGCCAGCCAGGCUUGGACUGGGUGCUAAGUACAUACCCCAUUCAAAAACGGUUGCAAUAACUGACCCCCUUGAGAGAAAACUUCACGCCAAACUUGUCCCUGCAAGAGCUCGAAAUGACAGAGAAAAUGUCGAGCAAGACCAGAAUUCUAAAGGUGUUAAAGAUGAUGAUGAAGAUGAGGAAGCUUUAGAAAGCAGAAGCAUUGCAAUUUGUAAGAAAAGCACAGGGGUUUGGGCUGAGUUUUUGCAGGGAAGGAAUUCGAGUGGGAAAAAGAGAAAGAGAAGAUGAGUAGAUAGUCCAGGCUGCUGGUUAAAACUUCCGAUUGGAUGUGAAGCUGGAAGAACUUUAGUUGUAAAGUGAGAGAGAGGGAGAGAUCAUGUAGGUCUAAUGACUUAGCUAAUUUCUAAUCCUUUUCAAAUUUUUACAGUUAAUUAUCAAAUUUUUAAUGUUUCCUUGAAUGAAUAGUGGAGCAGACCAAACUGUGCUGUGCUUUACUCCUAAAGGGUACAGAGAAUUGUGCAUCUCUUCCAUUUCA